CUGGGCACUUCCUUUCCUGGGUAGUGCAAACAUGAUACCCUGCGCCAUACCUAUAUAUUAUGUGGAUUCAAGAGCCUAGAAAAUGUCACGGCGCUCUGCUCGUCUGUCCGCUUUCGCAGUCGCAGACAACAACAAUCAGCACGCAGAGGCCGAAGACGUCACGGACAUUCUCAAUGCAGAAGCUGGCAGCAAACAACACCAGUCACCUUCGAAGCGUAAACGCACGACAGGAGAUGGUUCUCACUCCCAAAACCCGUUAAAAAAGCGUUCAUCGAGAGAACAUCCCGCGACUGCGACACCACACAAUGCCUCCAGUAAUCCGACUCCAGUCCGGUCGUCAGGCCGCCUCCAAGCACGAGUACGGCCUUCCGGUCAAGUGCGUCCUGUGCACACCCGCAACCCGUACGAGCUUCCCGGGGACUUAGAAAGCGCGGGACCACAGCCGGGAAUCAAGCCCAUCAAGAAGAUGAGACCGUUGAAAAAGAAACCACAACAACUAAAAGUGUCACCUUUCAAAGGAAGAGGAGAACUUGAAACGCGGACAACGGCAGGAGUAAACCUGGACGACUCUCCUCGGAAAAGUCCCACAAGAAACGAACUCCAGAAGUGGAAGAAGUCGAUGGCACAAACACGCCGCAAUGGACAAACGAGGUUUGCUAGCAUCAUGCGGGACGGACAAUGGAUGGUUCCGGACGAGUCCGUGCUGGAAGAUGGCCACAACGCUCCAGUGCUAGGUCUUACACCGGUAUUGGCUGUUCGUGUCGCGGGCGAGGCCAUGAUGACACCGUCCAAGAAGAAGUCUCAUCCGCGGAGAGAUGGCCACAAAGAAGGUCAGCGUGAGCCCAGUGAAGGCUCGUCGAUGCCGGAGGGUGGCCCAACUCCCGGUGUUGGGCCUACAGAGAGGGCAAAUCCACUUGCACAAGCUGCCAAAGUCACACAACAAAGCACUCCCACAAUCCCAGCCGAGUCUCCAAACACACAGCCUGCUCCGCAGCAGGAGCUUGCCGCUCUAGAUGAUGCGACUGUCCAGCAUCGGCAACAUCAACAUGAGCCAAAGACAAUUUCGGAUGUCCCAGAAGAUGCUGAAGAUGUGCCAGGUGUCGAGGAUGGUGGAGAAGCGCUUGAUGAGUCUCGUGAACUCACUCCCCAUUCCCCUCGACAACGUCCUGAGACGGAAAGCCAGAUACAAGCUAGAGAGCGACAAGAACGUGAGAUGGAAGCUGAACGGCAAGAGAAGAUUGAGCGUGAGCUUCGAGGCGUCGAAGAAGCUGUGAUCCUCUACGAGUGCGAAUCUGCAUGGCAAGAAGCGCUUCUCGGUGCAGUGGAGAUUGUGGAAAGCAGAUCUUCCGGAGAGCCAAAGUCGGCGAUUGGCAAAGGGAUCUCUCGCACAGCGAAAGAGUUGAGAGAUUUAUUAAAAACGUACAGGAAUUAUGGUCCAGACGACCUCACAGCAAAAAGAGCGUGCAACGACAAGAUUAGUCGCAAAACAGCCUCCUUGCAAGAAAGAUGUAAGCAUAUCUGUGGCUUUCAAGUUGAGAGGCCAGGUAGAGAACGCCCCAAGAUGAUAAGGGACAUCUAUGAGCACCUUAUUCCUGAUCUCCUCAAACUUGCGAAAGCUUCCCUGCGAGCUCGAUUCCGGAAUCACAACCUGGGCCAGAAGGCUCGAGAAGAGCUCGCCUGCUUGCUGGAAAUAACAAUACUCCUUGUUGACAGCGCUAAGAAGUGGAGGCCAAAACCGGUCCUCGGCAAUACCAUCAGAACAACAGUGCAGCAAACUGUCAAGCCUCAUGUCCUUUUCAUUCUGAGCCGAUAUAAUGAAUCAAUUGCUACGGAAGGGGCUGAAGCAUAUGUUGCCAACCUAGAGGAGGAGCAAACCGCGGACCGAGAGCGCCAUGAUAUGUAUCUGGAGCAGAGACGAGCAGGGGUUAGGGCGAGACAUCGUGGAUAUGCCAAUGCGACUUCACACAAGCAGGAUCCGCAAGUGAUAGACGUCGACAACUUCGAGCGCGAACCGACCGAAGACAUACCUGCACCAGCACCCUUGCAAUGGACCGACAAGGAGCUCAUGGUACUAUUGAAUGCUCUGCAAGUCUACACUGCGAACUCGAGGUUCCAGGACAUCCUUGACAAACACGGAGGACCUAAAGGUCAGCUUAGCAGAUUUGAUAUGGACCAACUAGUCGCAGAAGCACGAUGGAUCAAGCAAAGCUGGGCGGGGCAUCUUCGAGACUGCUCUGACAGAUCAUGGGAUUGGUUGCGAUCUGUGCCUGACUGAUGUUCAAUGAUCGAGAUAUUCCUCUGAUUGGGGAGUUUUGUGUAAUUGUGGCUGGCUUCAAAGAUACCCCUGUAGCGACUUACGAAGGCCUGUCUAAUGAAACGUCUAGACUCAUAGUAUUGAAAUGGCGUAGCAGAUGAGAG